UCAUGCGGUGCUCAAUGCCAAAGUCAUGCUCUCGUAAACGGCCUUGCAUUUUUCGAUUCUGGAGCCAAUUGAGCAGGACCCAUUGGUCAAAUCUAGUGCUAGUCAGCGACGUACUGCAUAGGCAGUAGCACUAUAUAGUACUACUAGGUAACUACUACCAAGUACGGCCGCCGUGGAACGGAGCGGGGAGGGGGAGCUCGUGGUGGGGCUCCUCCGAGGCAGUACCGAUCUCUAAUUUUUUUGAGGAACCCGGUGUGCGCGCCUUGGGGAGAAUGUGUUUGCUUCUGACUCAUGUACUCAGAACCACCAUUAAAACUCGCAGCGGGAGGGAGCACAAUCCUCAGCAUUCUACGCGAUACAGAUCUUCCGGCUAUCACCGUCCAUUGACUGCCUGUCGACAUCCGUGCUUCUAUACUCAGCCUCUUUCUCGUAAGCCCGUGUUACAGGCUGCGUCAAGGCAUCGUAACAUUGAACCCUCGAGCCUCUCGCUCAGCCCACCGACCACCGCAGUCUAACGCGUGCCGCCAUAUCUGCACAGCAGCGCCAUGCCCGGACUCGACAUGAUCCCGCUCGCGGCCGACGACACAAGAGGUAAGUCAAUUCUCGACGAGUCAUUCCGUUGUGAGACGUGCUUGCCCUCUGCGUUGUGCGACACGGCGGCAAUUCACCGAUUCGGUGCGGCCCGUCGCAUUUCCCUGCGACAUGUUUCCCACCACCAAGUGCCCGCCCGGCUUUACAAAAGAAGCUGUUUCGCACCUCUCAACCUCGCGUCGAGCCCCUCACCCGCGCCUCCAUGACUCCCCCAAUGCACAAUGGCCGUCAUUCGCAAAGCGCCAGUCCGAACGAGCGUACUGACAGACAAGGCAGUGCUCGGCCAGGAUCCCCUGAUCCCCCCUGCCCUGCUCACCUCCGAGAUUCCCAUGACCGAAAAGGCCGUCACAACCGUCGUCAAGGGCCGCAAUGAUGCCGCAGAUAUCGUCAUGGGACGCAACGACAAGCUACUGGUCGUCGUUGGCCCUUGCUCCAUCCAUGAUCCCGCCGCCGCCCACGAGUAUGCCUCCCGGCUAAAGCAGCUGUCCGACAAGCUGUCCGACGAUCUGUGCAUCAUCAUGCGUGCCUAUCUCGAGAAGCCUCGCACGACAGUUGGCUGGAAGGGCCUCAUCAACGACCCCGACAUCGACUCAUCCUUCCAGAUCAACAAGGGCCUGAGGGUGUCACGCCAGAUGUUCGUCGACCUCACCACCGGCGGAAUGCCCAUCGCCAGUGAGAUGCUCGACACCAUCUCCCCACAGUUCCUUGCCGACUGCAUCUCUGUCGGCGCCAUCGGCGCCAGAACCACUGAGUCCCAGUUGCAUCGUGAGCUGGCGUCCGGUCUGUCCUUCCCCGUCGGCUUCAAGAACGGCACCGAUGGCAACCUCGGCGUUGCCAUUGACGCCAUCGGCGCUGCGGCGUCCAAGCACCACUUCAUGGGUGUGACCAAGCAGGGGUUAGCUGCCAUCACGCGCACCAAGGGCAAUGAGCAUGGCUUCGUCAUUCUUCGUGGAGGAACCAAGGGCCCCAACUUCGACAAGGAGAGCGUCCAGGCCGCCAAGAAGACGCUCACGGACAAGGGCCAGAAGCAGGCCAUCAUGAUUGACUGCUCCCACGGUAACUCGCAAAAAAACCACAACAACCAGCCCAAGGUUGCCAAGGUCAUCGCCGACCAACUGCGCGAGGGAGAGCGCUCCAUCAUUGGUGUGAUGAUCGAGUCAAAUAUCCAUGAGGGCAACCAGAAGGUUCCCGCCGAGGGCCCUUCUGGCCUGAAGCGCGGCGUCAGCAUCACAGACGCGUGCAUCAACUGGGAGGACACCGUCGCCGUGCUGGAGGACCUGGCGGGGGCCGUCCGCGCCCGACGUGUCAUCAACGGCAGCUCCGGCGUUGGCGAGGAUGCCAAGGUGAGCAUGCUGGAGGAGGACUAAAUACUCCACGUCGGCUGCUGUGUGACAAUAGCGAGGCUCCGAGCCAACCGAGAACUAGUGUAGUGUCGGUGGCGACGGAUGAUGACUGUUUGAGAGACGCCGCAAAUGCUGCCUGACAGGCUUUGUGGCAGGACAUAAGAGUUGGAACGAGCGCGGGAAGCUCGUUAUUGCGAGAUAUCAAAAGGGAUGCCGAGCGCCCUUUGCGGGUUGGACAGGCAAAUUUUAGAGAAGUGAUUCCGUUGCGCCGUGAUU